AUGUCGAGGAAUUGCCGCGCUUGCGGAAAAUUCAUCUUUAGUUCAACGCCGAAGGACCUUUUCCAGGAUCCCGACUCUGUAAUGCUUCAUCAGAUCGAGGCACUAACGGGACUAUUUUUAUUGGGGGGCUCUGAAUAUCCCACAUGCAUCUGCGGACCAUGCGAACUUGCCCUGCUGGAAGCCAUCCGCUUCAGGGAACGAGUAAUUUUAACACAGAAAACUCUGCAGAGCAAUCCUAGCGUGGUGUUUUCAUUGCAAGUCUUGGAUAUAAAUGAAAUCGAAGGAUGUAUGAUCCUAGGAGAACCUGAUGAGGCGGUUAAUCUUGAAAUGAUAGAAGACCAGGUUGUGGAGUUAGUCGAGGAGGAUGUGUGCCUAAAGGAUGAGCAGCCACAGGAAGAUCAGGCACCGCAGGACCAGCCACAAGUCACAAGUGGACUCACGGAGUCACGAGCGGACCCGUGUAUAGAUAUUCAUUUGGUAGCUGAGGAAGAUAAGGAGGUACCACAUAAACCAUCUACUAUUUCAACAUCUGUGAUAUUUGGUGACAAUUUAAGAAAGCACCAACGCCGGAUUGAUUGGAACAAACUCACGGAAGACGAAACGGUGGCCUUGAAGCGAGAAAGGCGCAAGAGGGACUGCAUUUGUGAACAAUGCGGCAGGCACUUCUCCUGUCCCAGUAACUUCAAGAUUCACCUGCUCCGGCACACAGGCGUAAAGAGCUUUUCUUGCCCCUACUGUCCACAAAAAUUCUACACCCCUCAUUUGGUUCGGCGGCACCAGGUGAUACACACUGGUGAACGACCGUAUGCAUGUAACUUUUGCGACAUGUCCUUCAAUAAUGUGAGCGGACGUAUUCAGCAUGAACGCAUCCGCCACACGUCAAUCAAGCCUUACAAAUGCACUGAAUGUGAUAAAAGCUUUGCCGUAAGCGGGAAAUUGCGGACUCACAUGCUUAGCCACACAGGAAUACGAUCGUUUCAUUGUGAAGCCUGCAAAGUCUCGUUUAUACGACGCUCUCACCUGAUGGCUCACUGCCGCUCCAAGGCCCAUGCCCAGAAUUUAACCAUGCAGGAAGAUGCUUCCAAGCCGUCGGAUUUGGACGUGGAGACCGUGCUGAUGGUUGACUCAGAAAUAGCUCAAAUUCCUUGAGCAGGAGCGGAGACGAGAAUAGUAUGUUUUUAGUAAUGGCCAAUAGAGUAAAUUUAGUUUAUGGGGA